AUGUUGGCAGUGGGUCGCAAGAAGAUCAGGAUCGAGAAGAUAGGGGACGAGAGGAACCGACAGGUGACCUUCACCAAGCGCAAGAAUGGCCUGAUGAAGAAAGCCAUGGAGCUCAGCGUGCUCUGUGGCUGUGAUAUCGCGCUGGUUAUCUUCAACUCCAACUCCAAGCUCUUCCAGUACUCCAGCACGGACAUGGAUGCCAUCCUCCAGCGCUACUCCAAGAUGUGCAAUCAGCCCCACGAAGUCAGAAACAACCAGGAUGUGAGGCUCCUGCCCCGAUCAGCCCUCCCUCCACACGCCCGAGCAUAA